CAAAGCCCAAAACGCAUGGCUACUCAGAAGCACACACUGACAAUGGUGAAACCGAAACCGAAUCAAAGUAGCAACAGCAUAGAACAAUCGAAAAUGGCGAAACACGAAACUUCCGAUUCCGAAUCCUCGGGUUCAGGGUCCGAGGAGGCACGAAGCGUGGGCAAUGGGAAGAAGGGCGUGUCGGAGUACGAGAAACAGAGGCUCUCGAGAAUCGCGGAGAACAGAGCCAGAUUGGAGGCUCUGGGUUUGCCCCAAAUGGCUUCUUCGUUGAAAGCUUCGCAGCCUCACAAGGGAAAAGAGAAGAACGUUAAAGAUGAAGAUGACGAAGAGUAUGUACCCGAAGACGAUGAAGGCGAACCCGGUUCAAGUUCUUCAAGUGAACACGAUGAGGACCAUAAAGAUGAGGACUUUGCUAUCGGAAAUGCUUCUGGGUCACGCAAAAGGAAGGUGAAGAACAAGGGUUUGAAAAAGAAAGCGGGAGUCUCUAGGAAGAAGCAUGUAAGAAAUUCAGAGUGCAUUAAUUAUGAUGAUGACGAAGCUUUGAGGCAGGCAAUUGCUCUUUCCUUGCAAGACUCUGCAGAAUGUUCAUAUUCACCUGACAAGAAUGCAAUGAACAUUAGCAAGACUGAGAAAAAGGGGAACAAUCACAUUCUAGAAGAUAAGGGAAGAAAGAAGAACAAAAAAUCGUUUGCCAGUCGGCUGCAACUGACCGAGGAUGAGCUCAUUCUAAACUUCUUCCAGCUUGAUGAAGCAGGCAAAGGUACUGUAAAUGUGGGGGAUUUACAAAGGGCAGCUACAGCUCAUGAUUUUUUAUGGACAGACAAGGAGUUGGUUGAUAUGAUUCGCUACUUCGAUAGUGAUGGAGAUGGAAAGCUAAGCCUCGAUGAUUUCCGGAAGAUUGUUGUUCGUUGCAACAUGAUUAAAGGGUCUUGAAAUUCUUGAUAGAAUCAGAGGCUAGUAGUUGAGAUGAUAGCACAUUGGAAGAUAUUACAGGAUGACUAGGUAUGUGUUUGGAAACCAGUUUUAGCAAACUUGAACAGACUUUGAUACCAAUGACACCCUUGUUGCUUCUACGUUUCCUUCCCCAGAAAAGUAGGAAUGUCCCUUUGAGGGGCUGCAAAUGGCAAACACACCCUUGAUUGUGCUAUUUUCUGAACCCCCGUGAGGGGUUGAGGCAACUAUCACUAUAGCGACUAUUAAAUGUAUAUAUAGUAUUUCUGGUAUCCCAUUAUCACUUUAUAACUUCUGUUGUACUAUGUUGCUUUUGCUUUUUUGUAUCCUUUGCUACUUUCUUAAGCCAAGUGUUCGUUUUUUGAGUAAAAUGUCUUUGAACCCUUUGUUUGGUCUAACGUGGAAACGAGACUGAGUUGUUGA